AUGGUGAGGACAGGAACGGACCCCUUGGCUCCUCCCCCUCCUCCCCCGCCCCCUCUCCUCCUCAGUCCGCCGCCAACCCCCCACUCUCUGCCUCCCCUCUCCCCGCCCAGACACACUCCUCACUUACCGCCUGCACAGCUGACACAGCCAACGCAGUCUCUACAGGCUAGCACCCCCUGCAGCUCUGCACAGCUCUGCCCUGCCCUACAGACCUUCUACCCACUGCAGCCACAGACGCAGAUGCAGCCCGCUCACUGUUCCAGCCCCACCCUCACUGGAAAAUGCCCCUCACUGGAUUGGCUGCAGCAGUCCCAUGACCAGACUGGGGGAGGGGGCUCUUCGUACCCACAGAUCCAGGACAGAGACUCAAACACCACCGUGAUUUUCACUGGAGAUGGGGAGUUUAGCUUGCAACACACUGUGCCCAAUCAACAGGACGAGUUCAAGACCACAGAUCACUAUAGCCUUCAGACCCCUCUCAGUUCCUCUUCGGGUCAGUACCCACAAUCCUGUGUGUCCUUCCAGCCUGACUGUGACCCCGUAACCUCCACAGGCCCUGUGAGUCCCUGGUGCAAGGAGGCUCCAGAGCGAGACAGCCCCCUGUCCUACCCCCCCUCCUUACCACCCUGCUCUGCCCCAUCCAUGCUCCAUCCCCAGGGGGAUGGGUUUAGGCCAGGGGAGGGGCGCAGGGAGUAUUUUGGGUCUCAGUCCACAGUGGGCGGGGCACCGCGCCCCACUAGUACAAAGAAUGCGCCUCGCACCAACUACACUGGCCUCCCCUUCUACAGCAUCCUCCAGGCUGACAGAACUCUGGAGGCCAUCUGGCCAGGGAUGCCAUCCCACUACACCCCCCGCCCCAUGCUGAACCCCAUCCGCAGGGGGACCGGACUGUACUGCAACCUGCUGCGCUCAUACCUGCAGCCACGUGGUGACCUGGGGAACGUGUGGCCCGAAGAGGACUGUCUUUCACUCCCGUGUGUGAAUGUGGGUGUAGACUUCCAGGUAGAAGUUCCCCAUAUGCGGGAGGAUGGGGCCGCUGAAUCAUGGCUGGAGGACCACCCCAGGGAAGAGUUGCUAUGGAAACCCUGGGAAGAGCUGGGAGAAAGUGCUGAACUGCAGGAGCAAGUGGAGAACCUUUUGGAUCUCUGCAGUUCCAGUGCUAUACCAGGAGGGGGCACCAACCUGGAGCUUGCCCUGCACUGCCUCUCCCGUUGCCAGGGCAACAUACUGGCCACUGUGGAGAUGUUGCUGUUCUCCACCCUGUCAUCAUCAGAAAGCUACCAUUACACUGGUAGUGAUGUCUGGAUGCAGUCUGAGAGAAGAUUAUUUCAUAAAGCAUUUGCCACCUACAGUAAAGACUUCGCCCUCAUCCAGAACAUGGUGAAGACAAAGCGAGUGUCCCAGUGUGUGGAGUUCUAUUACCUGUGCAAGAAGAUGCCUGAACUGCAGCGGAAACAGUGGGAAAGAGAGAUUGGCGGAGUGGAGGAGAGGAGCAGUGUGAUGAGCAGCACUGUAGGACCCACUGAUCUCUACUGUUGCUGCUACUGUCACUAUAAUGCUGAUCCUAUCAUGAGCUGA